CGUCUCUCAAACCUCUUUCUUUUCUGAGUUGCUGUUUGGGAUUUCAAAGAGUACUGUCUUUUUUGCAGAGUUGGUCUGCCUGGAGAGAUCAAUCGUUGUUUUGUUCAUCUGUUUUGUUAUAAGCGUGGAAGGGAAGAAAAAAGCAAUUUUAGAAGAUUCCAACUUUUGCCUCAUCUCCGCGAUUUUUUUUUCGCGCUGCUUCUCCGGUCUUCACCUGACAACUCAACCUCACAUUACGAACGGAGUCAUACUCGAACAUUGCCACCGUCGCUGCUGUAUUAGCUCACGAUUUUCGCUUCCCGCGUCUGAUUUCACCUUUAAGCAGUAAUCAGACUACGAUCUUGUUUCUCCCCCGAACCUACUCAGAUGCCGUUGCACUGAAGCACGACGAGUGAAACCCCCUUGAUGCGCUUUCUACGACCAAACCCCGCCAUCAGAAGACAAAUGGCAAUGAGACUCUCACUCGGCGCGCAAUGCGCUCGAGCUGCUGCCCAGACCAGACGGACCGCCAUCAUAAGCAGUAAACAUGCCUACACCACCAUCUCCUGCGCCACCACCACAAUCACCAGCAGCAACACUCGGACCCUUCGACGGGCCACUCUUUCCAACUCACAUCUACGGCAACAAAACAAAACGUCUUCAGCCGUCACUUGGACCCGAGCCGCCUCUCGAGUCCACUCCUCCGAUUCUGUGGUCCGAAAAUACUGGCAGGGCUUCCUGGAGCUCCAACCGAAGCCAAAUAAACCCCUCGUUAUUACCAAGAAGACCAAAGAACUGCAGGAGCUGCUGCUCAAGGUCGGAGAGGUUGGCACAUCGCCCCGUCUGCGGCAGUCCGAGGGCUCGCUGGCGGGCGACCAGAGUACGAGGAAGCAGGUGCAAAUGGAGCUGAAGUGGCUGCCGGAUCCCAAGCGGCUGGCCGAUCGGGUAGGCCGGUUGCUGCAGGCGAGGGAGAUUAUCAUGGCCGCGGCCUUGGUGCGCGCGGCGCAGAAGGAAGGGAGGGAAUGUAUGGUCGCAUGGAAUCAUAUUCUGGAGUAUUGCAUGAAGCAGGGUGCGACGAUGGCGGCGUAUAAGUUCUACACGGAUAUGAAAAAACGUGGACGCAAACCGAACGCUUACACCUAUACGAUCAUGCUCAAUGGUUUCAGUACCUAUGUGCCGGACCAAGAUAAAAAAGCGGACGCCGCGGCGCGUGCGAAAAAUGUGGAUGCUGCAAUGCGUGUGUAUCGCUCCAUCGAGGAGAAUCCGAACGUCGAGCGAGACAUCAUCCAUAGCAAUGCUAUGCUUAAAGUUUGCUGGCUCCAGCAAGACAUGGAUACCUUGUGGCGGGUUGCGGGAGAUCUCCCCGAGGAAGGGCCGGGUUCACCUGACGCUCACACCUACACGAUCAUUCUGCGAGCCAUCGAGAGUCGCCUGCACCGCGAGGCCGCGAAUGUCCCAUCGAGGCAUGUCGGUCCGAAUUGUGAGAAGAGAAAACCGGCCAUCACGGAAGGCAAGAGGGUUUGGGCGGACGUCGUCUACCGUUGGAAAAAGGGCCAGCUCGAGCUUGACAACAACCUGGUUCACUCGAUGGCUGUGCUGCUCUUGCAUGCGUAUAGUGAUUACAAUUGUUGGGAGGUGCUCGCUUUAUACAAUCAAACGGCGGGCCUUCCCAUUCUUGCAAACAAGCCGUCGCCGCUCGACGUUUACCACGACAGGUGGGCAGACAGACGGAUGGCGGCAAAGGGCCUUGGUGGGUACAAGCCGGAGCAUCUCCCUUUUGUCAAUCUCAACAAUGAGCCAGUCGAUGCUGAGGCUACCAAGGAUUCGGAAUCGACUGAAGCAGAUGACGUGGAGGGAGUCGAGGAGGAGAAUUUCGACCACCUGUUUGACCCGGUGAAUGAAGCCACUGGCCCUUCAGCCCCUGCUCUAAUCAAACUCGGCAACCGGGAGCUUGACGUGGUGCUGGAGGCUUGCCUGACCAUGCAGCAGGGAAUGGGGCCUGGAAAACAGUACUGGAAUUAUCUGACGCGCGAUGGCCACUCCCCCCUCAUUGAGCCUGAUGCGGCAUCUAUCCACCAAUAUAUUCGUCUUCUUCGCUAUAGCCGAGCGUCUCGGGAAGCCCUCACGGUGAUUCGCGAUCAGAUGGUGCCCACUGGAACCGUUGACCACAAAACUUUCCACAUCGCUAUGAGUGUCUGCCGGCGCGAUACCCGCAAUGGGAAUGUCCUGAAUAUCGCCGACGAGAUGCUCGACGUCAUGGGGCGUGCGCUGGUCCUCCCGGAGCCGCGUGCUUUGGUAGGUUACCUCGAGCUCACCCACGCCUUGAAGGAAAACCCUCAAGUCCUUUUGUCUUUGAACGGCCUCCAAGGUGCCUGGAAGCCCAAGGCGAACAACUUCCAGGACCAUGGUAGGAGCUUGCAUGCCGGAUUAGACCUGCACACUGUUGAGCAGGUGUACCCUCACCUCAUGAAACUCGAGGAAGCUACUCUACCGUAUUUGCCGAAAUUGGAAGAAUUCAACACCUUGACGGUCCCUUCGCCUCACAACUCUGACUUGACCCACGGGCUGUAUGGCGCGAAAAUCGCUCAGGCGAUGACCGAGACAGGGCGGUUGAUCGACGAAUUGCUGAGUCGGGCUAAGCAGUUCAAGUUCCUGAGCGAUAAGAAGCGCAAGGAAUUGCAGGCCAAGCGGGCGGUCCUGAAGAAGUACUCUGAUGCCCGCAUUCACGCGGCUCUCCAGGAAGCUCGCGUGGAUGCGACUGCCAGCCAAAUUGAAGCCUUUGAGCAACAGCAGGAGGGGUCAGAGCAGAAGCCUCGGGAAGAGUCUCAGCAGGAGAAGCCCCGACAGAGAAAGCAGAGGCAGUCCCGUCAUGAGAAGCCCCAAGAGGAGAAGCCUCGCCAGGAGAAGCCCCAGGAGGAGAAGCCCCAGGAGAAGCCCCAGCAGGAGCCCCAGCAGGAGCCCCAGCAGGAGCCUCAGCAUGAAGAGACUCGAUUUGUGAAUGCCAAGGAGCAAUAGUUUCGACACUGUACAGGAUCAUCAUCACCUCUUUUAACAUUUACUUUUGUCAUUCAUAGCAUCUAGAGGGCGUUGGUACAUAGGUUUUCACUUUUCUGUACGAUACUGGCAUGGUUAAUCUCCCCUGUAUAGACCACAUAGACACGUGAG